AUGGACGCGUCUCUUCCUGCGCCAAUAAUUGGCGUGGCUAGGAUGAUCCUCGCUAGCACGGGCUUCCUCCUGAGCGUACUUUCUGCGCUGCUCAACGCGAUCCUCGGCCACAUCUCACCGAUGCAGCUACCAGUUCCUCCCCCUGCCCUCCCUCAGACCCUUCGUCGCCGAAAGAGGCAAUCACAGACUCCUCGUACCCCGUCGGUCAAGUCUGGCUCGAGCGGUUCUUCCACUGCCGUUCCCUUCACCCCUCCAGAUGGACCGGCACCUCAAGUACGGAUCGUCUCUGCAGAUGGCUCUCUGUCCCCGGCCUCGGCGUCUUCCCCUUCCAAAAUCCCUCUGUCAAGCAAGAUUCUCGUGCGCCGUCGGCGCAAGGGACCUUGCUCGCCAAAGGCAAUGCAGACAUGCCGAUCGGUGCCUACGACGCCCGUGGAGGAGCUAACGUCUCCGUUUGAGCUCACGCCGCCCACGCCACCGUCGCGCGCGGCGACCCUGACGCCAAACCUCGGAGCGCCCUCCUCACCAUUCGGUUUCGAUGAGAGCCUCGUGGUGGAGGUGCAGCAGACGCGCAGUUUCACUUUGAACAUUCGUCGGGCACUGGGCGGGGAGAAGGGGCCUCAAAAGCCCAACUUUGCGCGUACGGCCUCGACGCCGCAUGUGCCGCGGGCAGCUACGUUCGUCGGUGAGCCGGCACAGAUCCCGAGACGGAAAUCGUGCCCGGACAACAAGAAGGAGGCUUUGACGCGCUCGAUGACCAUGUCGCCCGAUUCUCCCUCGGAGCAGGCCGCACUCGACAGCCCGACCACCGCAGAGCGUCGAAGCAAGUCCCCAUUCAGCGGCCGCAAGCCCCAGCAGCGGAAGCGUACACUGCCCUACGAGGCGCCUUAUUUCGCGCAGACACCCGUGCCCCCGCUUCCGCGGAGCAAGACCGCUGCGUCGCCGAAUGACCUUGCGCGCCGCCCACGGAGCGCCGACCCGAGCGUCUCGUCGUGA